GUCGGUUAGUUACCAACCCGGGUUCGAACCCCACACACGUUGGGAGCGGUUUUAAACUUUACGCGCGUUUCGUUCGAAACUUUUACGAAGUUUGUAAUAUAUUCCCUUUAGAGUAUAUAAAGAUUGUAGUUUUAUAAGCGGUUUAAACUGGUUUUAUUUUUCGGAUUUUCGUUGCUUGUUAGGCGCAUACGCAGUGAUAUAUUGGUUUCGUGUUUGGACAAACAUUUGGAUAAUGUGGUGGUUAUUUAAGUUUUCUAUUGUUUUGCAAUGUGUCAGUUCAGUUCGCAUAAUAAACAUUCGAGUACCAGAUGUAAUUCAAUAUGGAACUAAAGACUCUAUCACGCUAGACUGUGACUUCGUGACGAACAAUGUGACUGGUCUAGUGGUCAAGUGGUUCUACAUGGAUAAGACGACGCCGGUGUACCAAUGGAUCCCACCGCAAAAACCUCAAGCUCUUGGUAUUUUAAGAAAUAAGGUGGACCUAUCAUACAAAGUAUCCCACAACCCGUACACACAGCAUCGAGCUCUCCACAUCACGUCACCAGUUCCAGAGCUGACCGGCAACUACACUUGUGUGGUAUCCACCUUCCUCGCUGAAGAUGAGAAAACUAGACCUAUGACUAUAUUUGUACCAGAAACAAAGUUCGACAUGAUUCAAGACCGACUGGAUGACAAGUACCUGAACAUCAUCUGCUCCGUGGAAGGGGUCUACCCAAAACCAGAACUGGUCAUCUUAGCUGGAAACAGGCCACUGAACGCUAAGUCGUCGAUCAAAGUCAUCGAGGGCCGGUACACAGCACUGACGAGUUCAGUCGUGAGGAUAGACGCUCUCCCCCCAACCGUGGAGAUCCUCUGUGACAUGCAAGUUCCACUCGCCAACUAUUAUAGCAGAAAGAGGGAUAUAUUUUAUAGAGAUCCACCAUUGUCUUCGACUGAGAUACCCAAUUUGAAACAAGUGGCGCCUGACUCAGGUCACCAUCUUGCAUCAACAUCAGCUCUGAUCAUCACAUCAUUAGUCAUCAACUUACUCAGAUUACAAGCAACUUGACAGAAUAAGUUAAGAUUAUUUAUGUAAAUAAUAACUUAUAAAUAAAUUGUCACCUUAAAUAGCUGCUGAAAGUAUGUUGUUUAGAGAGAUUUGACUUAAAACAAGUUAAUACUUAAAGUUCAUGCAGAUGAUUGCAAUUUUUAAUCAAAAGAUGGCAUUAGUCUAAUAUAUUUUUGUAAAUACUUAAUAGUAUAUGUGCUUUUAUAUAACAUUUUACAAUUGUAAUUUCCAAAAGCUAAAUAAAUACAAAAUAAUAAGUGUAAUUAAAAACAAUAAAUGGCUAUCAUCCAAAGAAAAGUAAAUACGUUCCAAAAGAAAUGGUUAAUCUACACAAAGAGUAAACUGGGCCUUGAUUUUAUUGAAAUUAAAAUUAAAUGGCCUGAAUAGUAAACAUAUGUAAAGACAUAUUUUUUAUGGAAAAUUCGGGUGCUUUUCCACCAUAGAGACGUACUAUGUAGUUAUCCUACAACGAUGUAGUAGCUAAGCGAUACUAAGCUAUGUAGUAGUGCAAUGGAGUGCUCACGUAGCUGUGCGAGGAAGAUGCGCAGUUCGAGUACGCGAUCCACGUUACCAUCCGUAGCAAAACAUAACUUAGCUGUGUUCUUUUCCGCCGGUGCUGUGUACCAAUGAAUAUGAUUGGUGGAAGCCAAACGCAUCUACAGCAACGUAGCAUAGCAUAUCUCUGGUGGAAAAGCAGCUUUCGACUCAGAUUUCCAUUAGACUCAUAAUUUUAUGUAAAAAGUAUGUACUAUAAUCUUAUAUAAUAUAUUAAAGCAAUAAAUAAUAUAAUGUAUAAACUAGUGUGUGUUCACAAUAAAAUAAAACUUAUCGAAUAUUUUCUGGUUGUAAAUAAAUAUAAGAAAUAGGUAUAUUAUCUAUUUUUAGACAUGUUCUGAACAUUCCAAAGAUAAGUUUUAUCUAG